GUGCAAGGACGUUAUCAGUGUAAUCCUAUGCAGAAGUAUUGAUAUAAAUAUCUAAUAAUCAACUUAGUAACCAACAAAUAUCCAUUAUGUCUAGACUUUCCUUAAUCGUAUUACUUUUCUUGGCUUGUUUGAAACUUAUUUACUCAAACGAGUACCAUAAAAUAGUUAUAAUUGGAGCAGGUGCAUCUGGACUUGCUGCUGGUGUAAGGCUUUUAGAAAAUGACAUUGACGACUUUAUGAUAUUAGAAGCCGAACCGCGUAUUGGUGGAAGAGUAAAAACUGUGAAUUUUGAUGGUGCAAACGUAGACUUGGGUGCAACUUAUUGCGAUGGACAAAAGGGAAAUAUCAUCUACGAGGAUCUUCAAAGGAAAAACCUGCUGGAUCUGUUGGAAAGCGUUGAAUCGGCAAAGGAGUUUUAUUUAUCUUCCCGGAAGAACAUAAGUAAAGAACUCAGCAAAGAGAUUCAUGAUGACAUUAUCGUUGAUCUUUUUCUUGCAGGAGAUUUUCAGAACAGUACUGAAAGUUAUUCGACUGAAAUUCCACGACGUUUUAAUGAAGUCUUCCUAAAAAAGUACCAGAAUGACCCAGAAAAAUUGGAAGUGGCCAAAUCUGUUAUCCAUUUUAUCCAUUAUUUUGCAAUGGGACUGGAUGCAGCUCUGACUUGGAAUGACCUAGCGGCCAAUACAGAGUUUGUUGAGGCCGAAGGACACAUUCUGCGAUGGAAGGAAAACGGCUAUAAGAUAUAUCUCGAUGUUCUAACAAAAAAGUACCCGAAUCCAGAACAAGAACUUCCGAUUAGAAAUAAGAUUCAUUUAAACAAAGAAGUUACUAAAAUUACUAUGGACCCUUCUAAUAAUAGACUAAAUAUUGUAUGUUCCGACGCAUCUACGUAUGAAGCAAAACAUGUAAUAUUUACACCAUCUCUGGGAGUUUUGAAAGCAAAAGCAAACAGUUUAUUUGAUUCCAAACUCCCAAAAAAUAAACUAAAAGCUAUAGAAAAUAUAUGAUACGGAGAUACUGGAACAGUAUUUCUCAAGUACGAGACGAAGUGGUGGGGUAAUUUAACAGGUUUCAAUUUAUUGUGGGCCAGAGAAGAUCUUCAAUCGUCAAAAGAAAAAUUUCCAGAAGGUCCUACGACUAGCGAUGGGCGCUCUUGGAUUACUGGACUUUGUAAUAUUGGAGCUAUACAAAAUACUAACUUGCUCUUGGUGUCGCUGAGUGGAGACACUGUUCCAGCCCUAGAAACCAUGGACGAACAGAUUUUGAAGAACGGUAUUUACUAUACACUAAAUAUGUUCCUGGGAAAUAAGUUUGUUAUACCGAAAAAUCCUAAACUAUUAAGGUCUAACUGGUACAACAACCCCAAUUUCCGAGGUAGUUAUUCGUACAAAUCAAUGAAAACCAGGCCAGAAGAUAGACAGCAUUUGUUAGAACCUAUUACAUAUGAUGGUCGGCUCCUCAUUCAAUUUGCUGGAGAGGCUACGAAUCGUGACCAUUAUUCGUCUGUGCACGGAGCCAUUGAGUCUGGUUAUAGAGAAGCAGACAGACUUAAGGAUUUUUUAAAAGACAAUAAACGACCAUAUUAUGACCAUCUCAAGAAUGCUAUUUCAUUGCCAAAAAAUUUGUAAACACCUAAUUUUGUUACUAUUAAAAAAAUGACGUAAUGAAAAUAACAGCAAAUAAAAUAUACAGUAAAAGCUC